AUGGCCCAGGCUCGCUCCGCGCGCCUAAGUCCCAGGCUCGCUUCGCGCGCCUAAGUCCUGGGCCGGGGCGCCCGGCUCACUCCGCGCGCCUAAGUCCGCGCCCGGUUCGCUCCGCGCGCCUAAGUCCUGAGCCGAGCGGAGAGUGGAUUCCUCACAGCUUGUCAGUUGGAACGAGCGAGAACAGCAGGCUUUCGAUACCGUCAAGUCCCUUGUGCCCGCCAUCCUACGACCGAUCGAUGGCGCCAAGGUUACCUCGGGCGAGCACAAGAUGUACCUCUUCACGGAUGCCAGUCGGGUUGGCAUUGGCGCUUGUUUGGCGUCCGGGCCCAACCGUUCGCAGGCCGUUCCAACGCAAUUCUUUUCCGCUAAGUUCAACGGUGCUCAGCUCAACUAUCAUGUCACUGAUAAAGAGUUCUUGGCUGUCGUCUCGGCGUGUCGGGCGUUCGAGCAGCACUUGAUCGGUUACCCCUUCGUCAUCGUCACCGACCAUCAGGCCCUUCGCACGAUAAAAACCCAAAAACUGCGCCAAACGCCUCGGCACAUCCGCAUGUGUCUCGAACUUAGCCGUUUCGACUUCGAAUUUGAAUUCAUUGCUGGCAAGAACAACACCCUGGCCGAUUCGUUGUCGCGUCUGUGGGAGGUCAAGGAGGGAUCGCACGAGGAUCAGGUCAAGGAGAAUGAGUUGGAGGACAUGUUCUUUGAUGGAGAACGCCACGAAUUCACUACACCCGGUGAGAGCCUCCCUGAGGAACGUCCUUGCACUUCACCAUCUCCCGAUCGGUUGCCUCCUGUUGAUUUUGCCCUCGGGCCCCAACACGACGAUUGCGAGGCAGGCUCUCCCGGAUACUACGCGCUCAAGGAGGAAUCGCAAGACGAGGACGUGAAUGGACAGGAAUUAGGGAAUUUGUUCUUGAAGGAAGAAUGCCACGAGUUCAUUACGCCCGGUGAGAGCCUCCUCGAGGAACGUCCUUACACCUCACCUUCGCACGAUCGGUUGCCCCCUGUUGAUUGCGCCUUCGGGCCCUGGGGUCACGGUUACGACGCAGGCUCUCCCGGUUCCCCUCAUCUGGCCGAGAACAUUAUGGACGCCGUCGAUUGGUCUAUCGGCCGCCUCUCUCCUCCCAUCGCUGUCAAUCGAGUUCACGCUAUUGCUACGGCCCCUGCCAACGACCCGCCCAUUCCGGUCGAUGCCGACGCCGACGAACUCGAUUUGUUGGGAGUUGCCACCGAUGAUGUCAACGACACCCCUGUAGUCCAUCGGCCGCCUGAUCCACUGCCCCAACCCUUCCUCGACACCGUCAUCCGAGCAUACGCCAACGAUUCGCAAGCCCAGGUCAUCAUUACCGACCCGCUAUCAUGGCCUAUGUUUCGGGUGACCGAGGAAGGGAGGAUUUUGCGUGUACAUCCAGAUGAGUCUAUUUCCUUGUUUGUGCCUCGUGGUCUCGCUACUGGCGUCGUCAACUCCGACAAGGUCCCAUCGCUGCGCGAGCUCGUGCUUUCGGAGAUUCAUCGGAGUGUCGGGCAUGCAGGACAUCGCAUCACCUUGGCCGCCAUCCGUCCUUUGUACUGGUGGUCGUCCAUGUCUGCCGAUUGCGCCGAGUUCUGCCGUUCAUGUGAAGACUGUACCCGAGGCAAGGCGUCCACUCAAGUCCCCUAUGGCCGACUGCAUCCGAUGCCGAUCCCUUCUGGUCCUUGGGAACAAGUGGCCAUCGACUUCAUGACAGGACUGCCUCCGGUCGAGCUCGAAGGGAUGAUGGUUGCUCAAAUCAUGGUGAUCACUGACACUUGGGGCAAGAUGGUCCACCUGAUUCCCCUCCCAGCCGAUGCCGACUCGGAGCUCGUUGCCGAGAAGUACUACGCCACCGUCUUCCGACUGCAUGGGAUGCCUUCCGCCAUCGUUUCCGACCGUGAUCCCAAGUUCACCUCGCAGUUUUGGCGGGCAUUGCAGGCAAAGAUUGGCACCGUCUUGCGAAUGUCAACCGCGGCACACCCGGAGACGGACGGAUCGAGCGAGAAUCGGAUCAAGAUGGUCACCCAAACCCUGCGGAUCAUGGUCUCGUCAAACCACGAGGCUUGGGCAUCUCGUCUUGUUGAAGCUGAGUUCGCUCUUAACUCUUCUGUUGCUGUGUCCACGUCGCUGUCGGCUUUUGAGGCAACCUACAGCUACCUUCCUCGAUGCUGGCCCUCGGAUUCCUGGUCUGUCUCGGACGUCCCUCGUGCGGAAGCGUUUGCUCGGAUCCGACAAUUACGGAACCUCGACGUGACGGAUGCGAUCAUUGGAGCACGCCUCAACCAGUCCCAUCAGGCCAACAAGCAUCGACGCCCAGACGACCCCGCCUUUCGGACCGGCAGUUACGUCUAUCUUUCGACAAAGAACCUGGCAGUUCCUGACGGCAUGAAGUCGAAGUUGUUGCCGCGCUACAUCGGCCCCUUCCGUAUCCGAGCGGCCAUCCCUGCGACGUCCAGCUACGACCUCGAGCUCCCUCCAGCGAUGUCGCGAGUGUCAGGAGCACAGCCUGCACUGCCAUCAAUACUCGAAGGAAGUCUCCCAAGUUUGCGGCCGGAGGCGACAUCAGCUACCGGUUUGUUCGUUGCAAGCAUUGUCGGCGCGAUGGUGUAGUCGUGAGGGCGCGCGGGCGCGCACUCAGUGGUCGAGGGUUCGAUCCGCCCGGAGCGUGAUCUGCCUUUUGGUUUCUUUUCCUUUUUGUUAUCCGAGGCCCGGCUUCGGGGUUUUUACCGGUGCCUUGCAGGCAAUCCUUUUUACCCCUGAAGCGACCUCGUGGUGUAGUUAUUUGAUUCAGUCUUUCCUUCGCUCGGAGCACUUCCCUCCUUUUGCUUUUGCCACCCUUCCCCUAGAGCUUGGUCCACUCAUUAUCAUGACUCGUACCCUCCCUCUUUUUACCCAUUUCGCUGGCAAUUAAGUCCGUUACACUUGAUUUGCUGCGAAGCCUUCCGACCGAAUCCACUCCUCGGUUGCUCUCGGUCGACUGCCGCCGCCCAGCCUAUUCGAUCAACUCUACUACGUCAGCGAUGUAGUUAUAGCCAAGAGUGAUAAAUGCAUUUCAACAUACCUAUUCGAUCAACUCUACUACGUCAGCGAUGUAGUUAUAGCCAAGAGUGAUGAAUAG